CGGCCGCUCGCCGGCGGCCGCCCAGCACCGCUCCCGGCCCCGCGCCGAGCCCCGCGCCGCCCCAGCAGCAGAGAUGCUGUGCCGCCUGCACUUCAUGCCGCCCGCCCCCGGCACGCUCUUCCCGUGGCUGGGCCCCGUGCGCACCCUGUGGCCGCAGCCCGGCGCCCUCUUCGCCGAGCUGGAGCGGGAGCUGCGGCAGGAGAUGGAGCGGGCUCGGGAGUUCAUGAGCAGCUUCGAGCAGCUCCUCGGCAGCGGCAGCGCCGGGCGCCUCAGCAUCGCCGCGGACCGCGCCCCGGCCCCCAGCGCGGCCCCGGCCCCGGCCGCCGGCGACGGCUUCUCCGUGUGCCAGGACGUCAAGGACUUCGCGCCCGAGCAGCUGUCGGUGAAGGUGGUGGGCAGGAAGGUGGUGCUGGUGGGGCAGAAGGAGACGCAGAGCGCGGACGAGAAGGGCUCCUUCUCCUACAAGUACGAGGUGCUGAAGCGGGAGUGGGACGUGCCCCAGGACGUGGACGCCGAGGCGCUGAGCUGCUCCCUGUCCGGGGGGCAGCUGCGCAUCGAGGCGCCGCGGCGGGCGCUGCCGGCCGCCCCCGAGCGGAACGUGCCCAUCCAGCUGGGGCCGGCGGCGGCCGACGAGGAGGCGGCCGAGCGCGCCAAGGCCUGAGCGGGCGCCGCGCCGCGCCGCACCGCGCCGCGCGGGCCGGGCUGCGCCUGGCCGCCGCCGCCGCGCCUGGAGCUUCGUUUUGAUACGGGACGAACCAAUAAACCUUUCCCCGACUUGGA